CUGUUUGAGCCAUUGUUGCUCCAGCUUAAUUUUGCCGUUAGUUUUUUAGUUUUUGAACCAGAAAAACCUUACUUAGUUUCGCCUUUAGGUGGCGGAAUUUUGCGGCCGUUUUGUCGGUUACUGCUGAGAGUAUGUGUUGGGGGGGUCUAGAGGCUACGUAUGAAAGCAGGUAAAUUAGAGCGCUGCCGAGGGUAAAGAGUUUGAAGUGGAUUCAGCUUAAGAUCUGUAUAAUCUUGGAGAUACUGUGUCGUGAUUCAAAAAAUCUUUUUUCACUGACAGAGAAGAGCAAAGCCAAGAAAUGGCUCAAGGAACAGUAGGCAGAAUGAAUCCUUCCCUGGAGCAGAGUGGCUGCUACAGUAACAGAGAAACACUUUUGAGGUGCAGUGAUGCCCGGAGAGAGCUGGAGCUUGCUAUUGGUGGAGUGCUCCGGGCUGAGCAGCAAAUUAAAGAUAACUUACGAGAGGUAAAAGCUCAGAUCCACAGUUGCAUAAGUCGCCAUCUAGAAUGCCUUCGGAGUCGUGAGGUGUGGCUCAAUGAACAGGUAGAUCUCAUCUACCAACUCAAAGAGGAGACCCUGCAGCAACAGGCCCAGCAGCUUUACUGGCUAAUGGGCCAGUUCAGUUGUCUUAUUCAUCAGCUGGAGUACACCCAGCACAAAGAUCUCGCCAAUCAAGUCUCUCUGUGCCUGGAGAGACUGAACAGUUUGGCCCUUAAGCCUGAAGAUUCGACUGUCCUACUCUUUGAAGCAGACACAUCUGCUCUGCGCCAGACCAUCACCACAUUUGGAUCCCUUAAGACAAUUCAAAUUCCUGAGCACCUGAUGGCUCAUACUAACUCUUCAAACAUUGGGCCCUUCCUAGAGAAAAGAGGCUAUAUCCAGAUGCCAGAGCAGAAGUCAGCGUCCAGCAGCACAGCUGUUUCUCUCAGCGAAUGGCUUCUUGUGAGCAAACCUGCCGUUGGUCACCAGGCUCCCUAUGUGCCCAGUACCAACCCACAGGACUGGCUCACCCCGAAACGGACCUUGGAGAGUAGUCAGACUUCUGCCAGAGCUUGCAGUUUCUUCAGCAAUGCCUGGGGCAAUAUAAAGGGCUUAGAAAACUGGCUCCUCAGCAGCCGUCAACAAGCCGUUCCUGGGAAACCAAGUUCCUCAAAGUGUAACAGCCAUGGUAGCACCAGCUCUUUCUCUGCUGAAGUGGAAAAGGUCGAAGAUGUGGAGCAAGUUGAUCAAGAUGAGCUAGACCUGUCAGAUUGGCUGGUGACUCCCCAAGAGCCCUGUGCACUGGAGAAGGCCGAGAAUGGCAGCUGUGAAACCAGUGAGAAGUUUAAACUCUUAUUCCAGGUAUUCAAGGAGCCCUACCAUGUGAACGAUUGGCUUGUCAAGCCUGAUUCCUGUACCAACUGUCAGGGUAACCAGCCCAGAGGUGUGGAGAUUGAGAACCUAGGCAAUCUGAAAUGCCUGAAUGACCACUUGGAGGCCAAAAAGCCCCUGUCAGCCCCCAGCGUGAGCACCGAGGGCUGGCUUGUCCAGAGCCGUCAGGACCCAUGUAAAGUCGAGGAAGUGUGCAAAGCCAAUGAGCCCUGCGCGAGCUUUGCAGACUGUGUGUGUGACGACAGCUGUGAGAAGGAAGCGGUGUAUAAAUGGCUUCUGAAGAGAGAAGGAAAGGACAAGAACGGAAUGCCUGUGGAGCCCAAACCUGAGCCUGAGAAACACAGCGAGUCCCUGAGUCUGUGGCUCUGCCCUUCCAGAAACGAGCUCACAGAACAAGCUAAGGCACACAAGGCCAUGGCUCCUGCUAAAAUUGCUGACUCCUUCCAAGUCAUAAGGAACAGUUCCCUGUCAGAGUGGCUUAUGGGGCCCACAUGCAGAGGAGGAGGCCCUAAGGAAGUGCCUAGUGCUGAAGACAGAGCUGGCAAAGAAAUGCUUAAGGCCCCUAUGGCCACUUCCUGGUGUCCUUUUAAUACUGCUGACUGGGUCUUACCGGGAAAGAAAGUGGGAAACCUCAGCCAGCUCACCUCUGGAGAAGAUAAGUGGCUACUUCGGAAGAAGGCCCAGGAAGCAUUUCUUAAUUCACCUCUGCAAGAAGAUCGUAACUUCCGCGGCCUCCCGGCGGUUUGUGAUCUCUUUGCCUGUAUGCAGCUUAAAGUUGAUAAAGACAAAUGGCUGUAUAGAACUCCUCUGCAGAUGUGAAGCAAUCUACUACUAGAAUUGAGCAGCUUUCCUGCAGACUGCACACCCUUGAGCUGAGUGACUGUGACUUGCCAAACCAUUGUUUAUUCUAUGGCCUGACUAGUCAGCUUAAUUCCUCUCCUGCUCAGUUUUGAACUGUAAACAGAAAUCAUCAAAUUAUGAGUUAGUGUGUGAAAGAGGCUUGAUGCUACAUUUCCUUCUUACAGAAGCACUAACUUAACCAACUCCUAUACUAGAAACAGCAUCUUGGUACACUGGCCUUUAGUGACUCCAUGGCAAACACUAGUUUUAAAAGUGAAAUAUUUCUAUAUCUAGUGUGUUAAUGUGUUCUAAAACUAGUAAACUUCCCAACUUUGUCUUCUAGCUGUUUCUCUUGCUAUGAGCUUCUGGUGGUUUGAAAUUUUUCUGUUUAGUUGAUAUAUAGAGUAUUUCACACAAAUUAACCUUGCCAAUAUAUUUUCCCCUAAAUGUCUAUUAGUUACGUUGCAAUUUUGAUAUCAAAAAUUUAGCCUACAUGUCAUUUCUAACAUUUCUCAUUCGAAAGGAAUUAAACCUACUGCAAUUGUUGCCUUCAUUCCUUUCUAAGUAUCCAGUGAGCUCUCCGAAAAGGACUCUCUUGCUUCAAGACCACUUUUAGGGCAAUCAGAACCCCCAAAGUCCUGCAGACUUUGUCUUUAAAGAGCCCCAGGCCAAUUAAAACAGAAAGGCAAGAUGUGUUAGGAACGUAGUACUUGACCACUCAUCACCCUAAGGGUUUAUUAUAGGUGCAUCCUGUGUAAAUGGAAGCUGAGCUUGACACCUGGUGCUCUUAACUAGGGAUAAAGUCAAUGUCCUGUCACUUCAAGCACAGCAUCCGGAACCUCCAAAAGUAUGGUGCAGUGACAUCUUGAUUAACAGGCUGUGCUCAACACUUGUGCCUUGGAGUGUUUAUUGAAACUUCCUAGAAUGACACCCUUAAGUUUCGCCUACAUUUUAGAAAGUUUCUCUGUAGGAGAGUAGUAGGAUUUGUGUUCUACAGUUCUCCAGAAUACUCAGCUGGUUUCUGUGCUCUGAACUGAAGCCUCUGAGCUGCCUAUGCUAUUGGAAGUACUUGUGAGAAAUUUUAUGGUCCCAUAGUGACAUCACAUACAGCUUUGCUAAACUGAAUUACAGCUGAAAAGAGCCUCAUAUUUCCCUAUGUCCCCCAGAUGCCACUGAGUAUUACAAAGCUGGUGAGAAAAAGCAAUUUAAGGAGCCUUCCCAACAUCUUAGGUUGCAGGGAACUUUGUGAUUUUUCUUUUGAGGUCUAACACACUGUAUUUUACAUUAUUAAAACAUAAUUUAAGUUAAUCACUAUGCUAAUGGUAUAUUAAACAUUCUUUUGCAUUGCUAAGUUUUAUAUCUCUAUUAAAAGCAUAAUGGCCACAUCACAGUUGUUUGUGUUAUCUAUAAAGCUCAACAUGUUAAUGUUUGGUUAAAGGUGCAAUAAACAUGUAAAAAUACAA